ACGUCUGUGCAGCGGCGCGUUAAUCCGAACGGGCUCUGUGGACCGAACCGGACCGGGAUGCAGCCGGGACAUGGCCGUGCAUGAGUCCGAGGCUGGGCGUGCUGCGGUCCGUGGUGUCCCCGCUGCUGGCCGUCCUGUCCCGGCUCCGGGCGCUGCUCUGCUGGCUGUGGAGCCGCUCCGGGGCCGCGGUCAGAGCCGCCGGAGAACCGGACGGCGGCAGCGGGAUCCAGGAGAAAGGGGAGCGGGUCAGGAGCCACCACAGGCGGGCCUUCGGGUUCAUCUCCGCGGCGCUGCGGGUCGACGAGGACGAGCAAGGUGAUAAGCGUGAGGCGGCGGGCUGGUACCAGCGAGGGAUCAGCGAGCUGGAGGAAGGCCUCGCCAUCACGAUCUCAGGACGCGGAGAGACGUGUGAGCGGGACAGAAGGCUGCAGAACAAGAUGACCACCAACCUGAUCCUGGCCCGAGACCGCCGCCGCUCUCUGCUGGAGGUGCUGUCAGGGUCUGGACGCCCCGCCUGCAGCACUGCUCACCUGCACUCAGCAGGUGGCGCAGUCUCCAGAAAGAGAGAUUCUGUUGAUGUGGGACUGCCCGGGCGACCGAAGCUCCUCCCAAAGACGUCCUGUCCCUCCUCAGCAGGUCUCCAUCGGGCCCCGGCCCCCGGCCCCCAGCGGCCCCCCGCCCACAACCACAGCAAGGGCAGAACAAGUCGUCGCUCGCCGCUGUCUUCGCCGCUGAAGAAGAAAGACACGAAGAACCUGAAGAUGGUAGAUGGGAAGCUCGCCGACCUCAUCCGCAGCGAGAUCCUGGACAGCCGGUCCUCCGUCAGGUUCCAGGAUGUUGCUGGUCAGGAUUUGGCGAAGCAAGCUCUGCAGGAGAUGGUCAUCCUGCCGGCGCUGAGGCCCGAGCUGUUCACAGGACUCAGAGCUCCGGCCAGAGGACUGCUGCUGUUCGGUCCCCCAGGGAACGGAAAGACCAUGCUGGCUAAAGCCGUGGCAUCUGAGUCCAACGCCACGUUCUUCAACAUCAGCGCCGCCAGUCUGACCUCCAAACACCUGGGUGAAGGGGAGAAGCUGGUGCGAGCUCUGUUCUCAGUCGCUCGGGAUCUUCAGCCGUCCAUCAUCUUCAUCGAUGAAGUUGACAGUCUGCUGUGUGAGCGGCGGCAGGGCGAGCAUGAAGCCAGCCGACGUCUCAAGACCGAGUUCCUCAUCGAGUUUGACGGGAUUCAAUCCGGAGGGGACGAGCGGGUUCUGGUGAUGGGCGCCACCAACAGGCCUCAGGAGCUGGACGAGGCUGUUCUCAGGCGUUUCGCUAAGCGUGUGUACGUGUCUCUGCCGGUGGAGGAGACUCGCUUCCAGCUGCUGAAGAACCUGCUGGGCAAACACAACAACCCGCUGACUCACAGAGAGCUGAGCCAGCUCGCCAGGAUGACGGAGGGCUACUCAGGCAGCGACCUCACCUCAUUGGCUAAAGACGCUUCCCUGGGACCAAUCAGAGAGUUGCGUCUAGAACAAGUGAGGAGCAUGGAUGCCAGCCUGGUGAGGAACAUCUGUCUGGGGGACUUCGUGGCGUCCCUGCAGAGGAUCCGGAGGAGCGUGGCCCCUCAGACUCUGCAGCUGUAUGUCCGCUGGAAUAGAGACUUUGGAGACACUGCAGCUGUAUGAACUCACAUGGUUUUUAAUGUUUUAUUUAGUUGCUCGAAUGUUUCUAUAAAAUAAAGAAUCCUGUUGAAGCUUC